AUGGAUUCGGACAGCUUUUUAACGCCACGGAAGUUGUUGCAAAACGCCCUGGCCAGAACCUCAUCGCGCCAAUCGAUGACCUCUUCACCGUCGAUCAUGGCGGUUCGAACGCCGCGUACGGCCACAAACAACGCCAGUACCGCGAGUCGCUUUAACCUGUUUCCCGUCCUCCAAACACCACCAUCGAGAAUAUUGAGCGGCCGUGUGGUGAACCCGUUCGAGCCACAUCUAACCGAACGUUUGCACCUGCCCAUGAUUGCUAGCCCCUCGUUGUUUCAUCGGCCAAGCACCCCGCAGAACCACAACAGCAGCGUUUGCCAAUUCGAGUGGACCAUCGAUGAGGUAUCGUCGCUGGGACCGGCUCACGUCGAACCGCACGAAACGCAAUUCCUCGAGACGCCGGAUCCGGUGGCAGAGGCUCGCGUUCAGGCUGCUAUCAGCAGCUUCUUCAAAGAGAAUAGCAUCGUUCCUAGUCCGAUCGAUAACAACCAGCGAAAACAGAAGGUUGAUCUGCUUAAGCAAUCCAACGAACCCAGCGGAAGCCUUGGACAGCCGGCGAAGCGAAGGCAGCGCGAUGGUAUCGCCCAAACGGUUCUUACUCUACCACCAGUUUUGCCCGCAGAGGUAGAAGCGGUUCUCAGCAAAUUCCUAACAUUCAAUGAGGAUCAACAACAGAAAAACAAUGUUCCGACGCUGGAUGAGUCCUUGGCCAGCAGCAUUGAUCACGAUGCUCGUGAUGCUUCCCUGCGUCGCAAGCUCUUUAACAUCAUCUCUCCUGAUGGGGAGGCAGAGGAAAGCGAAACGGAGGGAGCGGAUCGGUUUCCUAACUCACUGGAUGAUCUCGAUCUCAUUGCGCUUAGUCCGGCGCCCGUUUCCCCGGAAGUGUUGACUGGUAGCCAGGAAGCAGAGGGAGCACUUCAGCAAGACCUUAAACGAUCGCGAUAUUUUGGCUCGCACGAAGGCUUAGGGGAUGUUUCGUUGAGCCCGGUGAUAGAGAGUGAUAGCGAAAGUUCUUUCGGAGCCUUGUCACCUAUUUCGCGAAAUUCAAUGAGCCCAUCUCCGGCCAAAUCAAACGAUCUGCAUCAUUCCGAUUUGGAUGCCAUCUAUCGUAGCACCCCGGAGCCAUCAGCUUGCAGCCAGACGGAUGGUGAUCAUUACUAUUCACUGCAGCAGAACGACCCGGGCAACCAGCAAGGUUCCAUAAGGCACACCGAACUCACCAACGUUCUGGCCGAGACGAAUCUUUCAAAUGAUUCAGGCGAAACGAUGGUUAGUUGCUUGUCCCUGGAGUUAUCCCAAAAAUCCCAACAUUCCAUGACACCUUUGCGCCGCAUGCGAAGAACGGAACACAGGCGUAGCAACCGCAAAAACCUUUCUCAGUCCUUUAUGCUGGAAACAACUUGCACUACCUCUAGCGACGGCGAUCAGGAGCAGCGGCACAAAUCAGGCGACGCUUCGAUGUGCGAGACGGCGAAAGGAUUGUCACCGAUAAAGGAAGCCGGCACAAAUAUCCCGGAGCCGGAAAAGGUGGAGCUGCGGGAUGUGAAUUUUUAUCGAACCGAUAGCGGAUUUAAUGAAGAAAGUCAAGGUAACGGCGAUCUCUCCGAUGUGUCGAUGCUUUCAGAAGACCGGAGAAGCACCACACCCGGACGGAAAGAAGCGAUAAGUGAGAUCAAACGCUCUAAUCAUGGUUCCUCCCCUUUGAGACUGUAA